AUGAAACAAUCAUCACCUUCUUUAUCAUCGAGCAAUUGCUCAAUCGGUGCCACUUCUUGCACCGUUCCCACUUCAAUAAGCCCAAAUCUAAAUAGUUAUCAUCAUCAUAAUAAUUUAUGUAACUACCCAAUCUCUCCAAACUUAUUAUUUGUACAACCAUCACCGCCAUUACAACCACAAGUACCUACAUCUCCAAUGAUCCAACCAGUGUCACCUUUCAUGAAAGGAAGUUCAACAUCUCCAAAUAUUUUAUCCUCAAAUUCCUAUUUUUUCAAUUCACCUACAUUUGCGGCAUCAAUUCCAUCUAUACAAUUACCACCGAUUCAUCUGCCAAUCGAUAGAACAAAGAAUCUUGGUACCUCUCUUAAUCAACCAGUGGCCAUUGCACUCUCAAAAUCCACAAGUGUAAUUCAAUCUCAAAUUCCAAGGCAUAAGACACCGCUUCAAUUAUCCAAGUCCUCUCCUUCCAUAUCUCCAUCGAUAUCGCCUACAUUGAAAUCCGCACAGAUCAAACAGCAACAUCAUCAACAACAGCUAUUCGAUUUUUAUUAUCCAAUUAAAAAGGUUGCCAAGAAUCCAAUUGGGCGACCGAGAAGCAAGAGACCUGAAAGAUGUGCUAUUUGCAAAGCCACUGAGACACCGGAAUGGCGUAAGGGCGAAAAGGGUCAAGAUCUAUGCAAUGCGUGUGGGUUGAAGCUAAGAAAGGAGAGAGAAGCCAGAAAGAUGCUAAUCUUGAAUAAUAUUCUUAACAAAGAAGAACCAUCGGAAAACAACAUCCAACAAUUUCAAAACACCAAUUUUAUGGAUUCGAAGCAAUACUUUACAUCAGUUCAUCCCCAACAAGCACAACAACAACCACCUCAACAAACACAACUACAGCAACAACAACAACAAAGCCUACAACCAACAGUUCCUUGCAGACAAAGCGGUAAUAAAUGCAUUAGAACAUCAAAAGAUACCAACACAUCAAAUGUGUUACCAAAUAAGAAAUUAAAAAUGUAA